GCCGGGGCGCCGCGGGGCCGAGCGGAGCGCGAGGAGCGGGAGCGGCGCUCAGGAUGGCUGCAGCUCCUCCAAGCUACUGUUUUGUAGCCUUCCCCCCCUGUUCUAAAGAUGGGCUGGUGGUCUUUGGGAAGAACUCUGCACGGCCCAGGGAUGAAGUGCAGGAGGUGGUCUACUUUGCUGCUGCAGAGCAUGAGCCAGGAAGCAAAGUUGAGUGCACGUACAUCGAGAUUGAGCAGGUGCCCAGGACUCACGCUGUGGUGCUGAGCAGGCCCUCCUGGCUUUGGGGGGCAGAAAUGGGAGCUAAUGAGCACGGAGUAUGUGUGGCUAACGAAGCUGUCGUGACCAGAGAACCAGCUUCUGAGUCUGAAGCCUUGCUUGGCAUGGAUCUUGUCAGACUUGGCCUAGAAAGGGGAGCAACAGCUAAAGAAGCAUUGGAUGUAAUAGUUGCUCUGUUGGAAGAGCACGGACAAGGUGGAAAUUAUUAUGAAGAUGGGAGUUCAUGCCAUACUUUCCAAAGUGCAUUUUUGAUUGUGGACAGAAAUGAAGCCUGGAUACUGGAGACUUCUGGAAAGUAUUGGGCAGCUGAAAAAAUCACAGAGGGAGUGAAAUGCAUUUGCAAUCAGCUUUCAUUAACUACAAAAAUUGAUGCUGAGCAUCCUGAACUAAGGAAUUAUGUGAAAAGUCAAGGCUGGUGGAAUGGAGACUCUGACUUCAAUUUUUCUGAAGUGUUUUCUCUUGCUGAUGAGCAUUUAGCCUGUUGUUCUGGCAGGGAGAGCCUAGAGAAGCAAGGUGGUGACGUUUCUGCACAAGCUAUGAUUGAUGUCCUGCGUGACAAGGACAGUGGUGUCUGUGUGGACUCUGAAUCUUUCCUUACUACAGCUAGCAUAGUGUCUGUUCUGCCUCAGGACCCUAGUUUUCCCUGUAUUCAUUACUUCACUGGCACGCCAGACCCUUCAAGGUCCAUAUUUAAACCCUUUAUUUUUGUUGAUGAUGUAAAAUUAGUACCAAAAGUGCAGUCUCCUUCUUUUGGCAAUGAUGAUCCUGCUAAAAAGAUACCUCGAUUCCAGGAGAAACCAGAUCGUAGGCAUGAAUUGUACAAGGCACAUGAAUGGGCCCGAUCUCUCCUGGAGAGCGAUCAGGAUAAAGGCCAGAAACUGAUGAGGAUUAUGUUAGACCUUGAAAAACAAGGUUUAGAAGCAAUGGAAGAUAUCCUUUCUCGUACAGAGAUUCUGGAUCCAGCUGAAGUAGUGGAUCUUUUCUAUGACUGUGUUGACACAGAACUAAAGUUCUUCAAAUAAACUACAGUGGCUAUUGUUAGCCUUUUCACUGGAAGACUGCAACGUUCUUCAAGCCUUGAAAGAAAGUCUUCACACUUGUGAUUUUGCAGGAAAAAAACAUUUAUAGAGGAAAAAAAUGUUACUUGCUAGCUGUAUCCAGUUAACAAAUUGCUUUCCUUUGUCCAAUCUUGUGGUGUUCCUGUUUGUGUAUGUAUAUAGUGAAAGGAGAAAGUCACUGACUGGUCCAAUUACUGUGUGCAUGCUGGCUAAUUUAGUACAGAAUGUUAAAUCAUGUAUGUUGGGCAACCAAUUAAAGUAAAGAUUUAACUUCA